AUGAUGGUUGGGUCACCUUUUCGAGGAGAAAGUCUGACUUUCAAAGUGAAUUACGAGGAGUUCGUAUACACCGUCACAUACAGCACUGGAACCGUAAAAGUCAUAGAUCUGACAAAUGACACCAUAAUGUUGUGCUACACAGCUGCACGUGUUAUACAUUCAUCUGAUGGAGAACAAACAACCGAUUUGGACAAUCUUUUCGGCGAUGCUGUCAUUGUUGAAAGUAUGUAG